AUGGCUCGAAAUUGCUCGUUUGCAAACACUGAAGCAGAAAUCAAAUCUCAAAUUGUUCUCGGCACAACGUCCACCAAACUCCGACGCUUCGCACUACAGACGGAUGCAGCACUUGACCAGUUUCUGACACAAGGCCGCACUUACGAAAUUACAACUCGACAAGUGAACGAUAUUGAGGCAUCCAUGUCCACAGAUGUGCAUCGUCUUACACGCAAGGAGUCUCAACGUAGCAACGCAUCUACUCACACGGGAACGUCAACGAGCACGCGUCAAGACAAGCAGUGUUUCAACUGUGGUGGUGCUUGGCCUCACAAAGGCGGAAAACAGUCUUGUCCAGCACGAAAUGCAACAUACAAUGCGUGCCGGAAACGUAGCCAUUUUGCAGUCGUGUGCCGCAGUAAGAACAACACAAGCGAAGACCCAAAUGUCGUUCAUGAAGUUACAAACCAGAGUGCAGAUAGCGACCAUGGUGAUGAAGCCUUUGCACUGUUCCCGAAGAGUUCUAAAGCCCCGAGGGUGAUGCUCACUGUCUUCAACAAGGAGUUAGAAUUCAUCAUAGACACAGGCGCUACGGUGAACAUAAUUGGCCUUGACACGUACAAUAGCAUCCCGCAACGACCCCAACUUGUAAAGCCCGUGCCAAAGGUCUUUGCAUAUGGAUCGAAGAAUGAGCUUCCGUUACUAGGAAAGUUCCGGGCACCAUUCUCUUACAUGACUUCAGUGGUGGAAGAUACCGUCCUUGUCACAGCAACGCCUAUUCAGCUCCACAUCGACCCUACGGUUCCACCAGUCGCACAGAAAGCACGUCCUCUUCCAUUUCACAUUCGUGAAGCAGUAGAAAAGGAGAUCGACAGGCUGAUACAGCUAGAUGUUAUUGAAAAAGCCACGGGUCCAACAACGUGGGUGUCCCCCAUAAUCGUGGUUCCAAAGCCACAUGCACCUGACCAAGUGCGUCAGUGCGUUGACAUGCGCCGCGCUAACCAAGCUAUUAUACGAGAACGCCAUACAUCAGCCACACUAGAAGACCUCGUUACCUGCGUAAACGGUGCAAUGAUGUUCUCUAAACUAGAUGUAAACGACGGCUAUCAUCAGCUGCGACUUAAGGAAGACUGUCGUCAUAUCACAACGUUCGCAACUCACAUGGGACUUUACAGGUACAAGCGUUUGGACUUCGGAAUAAACGCAGCCGCAGAACUUUUUCAAAAUACGGUUCGUCAAGUACUUGCGGGCAUUCCCGGCGUGAUAAACAUCAGCGACUACAUCCUGGUGUACGGCGAGACGGAAAGAGAACACAACGACUCCCUUGACGCUACCCUGAAACGUCUAGCCGACUGCGGAAUCACACUAAGUCCAAAAAAAUGCUGUUUUUUCCAGCGUGAGCUAACAUUCUUCGGCCAUAUCUUCUCAGAGAAAGGCAUCAAGCCAGAUCCUGCUAAGGUACAGGGCUUCCUAAAUAUGUCACCUCCAGGAGAUGUGUCUUAG